AUGAACUUUCAAUUGAGUGCGGUAAUAAUUUUGCCUUGGCUGCUGUGUUUUGCCUCUGCCCAAAUAUCUAGACCAGAGGCCUGUGCUGUCAAGGGAGUUGCCAGUGAAGGUCUCACUGCAAAGUUCUAUCCAUUUCCAUUUCAAAAGUUUUCGUUGGUGCGUACUCCCAAAUUUUAUGGACACGAUUAUGCUGUUCCAAGCCCUAUUCAUGAGCUGAAAAACAUCGUUGAUCCAAAUUUUGUAAUUGGUGCUGAAUGUAUCCCAACUGACAAAAGUGCUCCAUUCAUAUGUCACAACCCUACGUCGCACUAUUGUGGCUCUAUUGAAUGUGAACCCUUCCAAAAGAAUAGUCCAUAUUGGACCACAGACAUAUAUGGAUACAAUACGACGGUAUCCAAUAUCACUUUGGAAUUAACUGGCUACCUACGGGCCCCAGAAACUGGAGUGUAUAAUUUCCACGUCGAUCCCGCCGACGAAGCUGUUUAUCUUUAUGUUGGACCAGGUGACGCAUUCAACUGCUGUGAACAAGAUUCCAAACCAACAGUUGGUGCUACAGCUGCUUUAGGACUUGUUUUCCCAAAAUCUGGGGAAACACAGUUUUAUUUGGUUGAAGGUAAUUAUUAUCCUAUCAAACUGGUAUAUUUCAACGCCAAUUGGAUAGGACAGCUCCUUACAUCGUUGACUUUACCGAGUGGUGCACUUUCAAAGGAUUGGGGAAAGUAUGUGUACUCUUACGAGAAUUCUAAAAAGGGGGUGUGUUCAUGGAAUCCUUCAACUCCACCGGGAAUAACUACAACAUCGUACACCAGAGGAUCCAUCACCAAAGCUUCCACGAUAGAGACAAGGUCUACUUUCACUAUAGGUAGUAAUGGAGGAACCACCCCCGUUGAUAUCAUUGUAGUUGAAACACCAAUUUCCGGCAAUUCACCUUCGUCUAGUAUUGGAGUUUCGUCAAGUGGCACACCUUCGUCUAGUAUUAGAUUGACGUCUUCGACUGAAGGUGUUUCCCCAACUCCAAUUUCAUUAUCCCAAAGCUCACUCCAAAUUUCGUCAAGUGGUACACCUUCGUCUAGUAUUAGAUUGACGUCUUCGACUGAAGGUGUUUCCCCAACUCCGAUUUCAUUAUCCCAAAGCUCACUCCAAAUUUCGUCAAGUGGUACACCUUCGUCUGGUAUUAGAUUGACGUCUUCGACUGAAGGUGUUUCCCCAACUUCAGUUUCAUUAUCCCAAAGCUCACUCCAAGUUUCGUCAAGUGGCACACCUUCGUCUAGUAUUAGAUUGACGUCUUCGACUGAAGGUGUUUCCCCAACUUCAGUUUCAUUAUCCCAAAGCUCACUCCAAAUUUCGUCAAGUGGUACACCUUCGUCUGGUAUUAGAUUGACGUCUUCGACUGAAGGUGUUUCCCCAACUUCAGUUUCAUUAUCCCAAAGCUCACUCCAAGUUUCGUCAAGUGGCACACCUUCGUCUGGUAUUAGAUUGACGUCUUCGACUGCAAGUGUUUCCCCAACUUCAGUUUCAUUAUCCCAAAGCUCACUCCAAGUUUCGUCAAGUGGCGCACCUUCGUCUAGUAUUAGAUUGACGUCUUCGACUGAAAGUGUUUCCCCAACUUUACCAGGAACAACCAAAACAUCCUACAUCAGAGGAUCGAUCACGAAGGCUUCCACCAUAGCGACAAGGUCUACGUUGAGUGUGGGCACUGACGGAAACACCACCCCCGUUAACAUUGUGGUGGUUGAGACGCCAAUUUCCGACAACACGCCUUUGACUGAGACAUCGUACACCAGAGGCUCGAUCACGAAGGCUUCCACCAUAGCGACAAGGUCUACCGUUACUGUGGGCAUCGACGGAAACACCACCCCUGUUAACAUCGUGGUGGUUGAGACGCCAAUUUCAGACAACACACCGUCGACUGGAAGUGUUUCCCCAACUGGUAAUACCCAGAUAAUAAGCACCAUACCCUCACAUGGUUACCAUAAUAUAACAACUGGCGAGGGAUCGUCGACGAAAACUCCAAACACAGGCACUGCACCUCCUACCACCGCGAAUACGUUGAAAACUACCCAAAAAUACACCACACUAACCUCCACGGUUGUUGUGUGUGACUGUUCUGUGAAGUCCUCCAAUGGCGUGUAUGUUCCUACACACAUUACUUUCCCCGUUGGCUCUCCUCCUACGAACGUAGUGGGCCAAGUCUUACACAACUACAAUUCCUUGUCACUCCCUUCGAACCCAAAGAGUGAUGUUACCGGAGCAGCUAACAGUGUUCCGACACCCCCAGGUGCAGACAGCUUCCAGUGGCGUAACUUUGUCACGUCCAGGUGUUUCUACCGCUGCUGUUCAUACCUACGGAGGCAGCGCGGCUAUAUUUGGACCUUGUUUCUCUUUGGCAGGUGUAUGCACACUUCUGUUAUUGGCAUUUUUCUGAGUCUGCCGCUUGAUUGA